AUGAAGUUUGGCAAGCAGCUGGAAAGACACAAGGUCACUGGCUGGGAGGCUUUCUACAUUGACUACGGCGGGCUGAAGCGCUCUCUUAAGGAUCACUACGGGGCCUUGAGGCCCCGUUCAAAAGCAAACGAUGGCGCCUCUUCCAGCGAAGGCUCUCCCCGCGGUGAAUACGAAUGUAAGAUCAGCGACGAGUGGUUCGAGGAGCUGAGUGCCUGUAUCAAUCGGGUGAACUACCUCCUCACAUCGACUGCUGGCGAAGUGGAGGCUCGACUUAGCGCGGCGCAGGACGAUCUCAAGCAAGCUUCUGGAAGUCAUCAUGAGCCGCAGCUGCGAAUGCACCUGCAGAGCCUGACACAGCAGUUGCAGAGCAAGAUUCUUGAUCUGCGUCACUUCCUGGAUGCAAACCACACAGCCGUUUACAAGAUUCUGAAAAAGCAUGACAAGCAGACCGGGUUGUGCACACUGGCUUCAAAGCUCAAGGACUUCGAAGAGAAGGAACCCUUCAAUGAUCAUGCGAAAGCUCGACUCGAGAGGUUGAAGUGUCAGCUGCGUGAGUUUGCUGACCAGCUUGGCCUGGACGGGGAUUUACAGAUGAAUUCUCCGCAUGAUAAGUCGGUCACCGAGAAUCUGUGGGCAUUGGCACGGAUCUCUUUUUCUCUUGGUGUAAUCUCCAUGGCACUUAUAGUGUUGGCGGUCCUGUCUGGAAUGGAGCCUCAAAUAAAUCACUACUCCGUUGAAGAUCUGGCAGCUACGAUACCGGUUCUCCGCCUUUCCUUCAUGAUGAGCUUAACAGCUUGGUUGGCUGGUGCAUGUGCCAGUAUUUUCGAGCGGUACAACAUCAAUUAUUUGUUUCUAUUAGACAUUUCUCCAGACCUGGAUGUAUCACCAAUUUCCUUGCUGAAUUAUGCGUCUGUUCAGACUGGAGUCUGGAUUGUUCUCACAUUCUGCUUCCUGGCAGAUAUGAAAUUCGGUGCCGUGCUUUUCAACAUUCACCCAGAGAUUCAAAAGCUUGGCUGGUCCCUGGCCCACGUCUACUCCUUCAGCGUGCUGAUGCUACAGCUUUGCAUAACUUCUUGGUGGGUGUCGAGGGGCGCUCGCCAGCUCUUCUCGAGAUUAAUCCUGCGCGUCUUUUGCUUCUCUCUGCUCGGGGAAGUUAGCUUCGCCGAAAACAUUUUCGCUGACUUUCUGACCUCGUUUGGCCGACCUUUAAAAGAUGUGGCCUACACUUCAUGCUACUUUCGCAAUUGGCAAACCUUAAACGCCCGUGACAUUCGGGUACAAUGCAAGCAAGACAAGGGGCUCGCAUGGGCGAUGCUUCAAUUAAUCCUGGUGCUGCCACUGGUCUUCCGAAUCGCACAGUGCCUGCGCCGGAUGCACGAUACAGGCGACAAAGCAAGGCACGUGCUCAACUGUGUGAAGUAUUGCCUGGCAAUUAUCGUCAGUUUGCUGGCUGCCGUCCAUCAGCUUCCGCUGGGACUGGCACCAGUAGAAUUCGACAUGGUGCGGAUGUUGAGUUACAUAGCAGCAACGUCCUAUGCUGCAACUUGGGACAUCGUGGUGGACUUCGGGCUUACAGUCAGCAACCGGCACCGCUUGUAUCCUCGCCAUUCGUACGCUGUUCUAGCGUUCGUGGAUGUGGCUCUGCGCACGACCUGGCUGCUGACAUAUCUGCCCGAUUGCCAUGCCUUCGUUCGUGCGUCAACUUUCAACCGCGAGUGCUUCGCGUUCAUGAUCAGUUCGCUCGAGCUCAUACGUCGUGCAGUUUGGGCAGCAGUGCGAAUCGAGCACGAGCAUCAAAGCAAUGCUGGUCGCUUUCGCUCGGUCUGUUGGGUCCCGCCGCUUGAACAUCGAAGACCUGUGGAAUCAGACGAGCACAAACUCCACCUUCAGAGGAAGAAAACGUCGGCAGUUCUGGUGCCUCUCAGUCCAGAGCCGAAGUCGCCUGUGCAAUCGGUGAAAUCAACUGCACGAGCAGGUGCUGAAUUCGUGGAGCCAAGACUGAAGUACGCGAAGCAUGUCAAGGUUCCAUUGCCAGACUGA